AUGGGAUUUGUCAAAGAUGUGAUCGAAUUGAGUUCUGGGGAAGAUGAUACAUUCCAAAUUCUUGAUAGUGGAUCCAGCAAUGAUGAGGAGGUGAAUGAGGAGAGCAAUGAUGCUCAUGUAAAUGAUGCCUUGAACCAGCCAGAUGAUCUGGGGCGUGUAAUGGUUAACAUAAAUCAUCCUCCAAAUGAGCAAGACAUUUUCCUGGCAUCCCAACUGGCACGAUCUGUGAAACCACACCAGAUCGGAGGAAUCCGUUUCUUAUACGAUAACCUGGUGGAGUCUCUGGAAAGGUUUAAAGGCAGCAGUGGUUUUGGUUGCAUCCUGGCACACAGCAUGGGUCUUGGGAAAACCCUGCAGAUGGUCUCCUUUGUGGAUGUUCUCUUUCGAUACACGGAGGCCCGCACAGUCCUUGCUAUUGUUCCGGUGAACACUUUGCAGAACUGGUUGGCCGAGUUUAACAUGUGGCUUCCAGCCCAAGAAGCACUUCUGCAAACUACAACCCUGAGGAGAUCCAGCCCAGGGGUUUCAAGGUUCAUAUCCUAAAUGAUGAGU